CCCAGCCCAGAACUAUUACUACUAGCUCUGAGACCCAGCCCAGAACUAUUACUACUACUAGCUAUGAGACCCAGCCCAGAACUAUUACUACUACUAGCUCUGAGACCCAGCUCAGAACUAUUACUACUAGCUCUGAGACCCAGCCCAGAACUAUUACUACUACUAGCUAUGAGACCCAGCCCAGAACUAUUACUACUACUAGCUAUGAGACCCAGCCCAGAACUAUUACUACUAAGCUCUGAGACCCAGCUCAGAACUAUUACUACUAGCUCUGAGACCCAGCCCAGAACUAUUACUACUAGUAGCUCUGAGACCCAGCCCAGAACUAUUACUACUAGCUCUGAGACCCAGCCCAGAACUAUUACUACUACUAGCUAUGAGACCCAGCCCAGAACUAUUACUACUACUAGCUCUGAGACUCAGCCCAGAACUAUUACUACUAGCUCUGAGACCCAGCCCAGAACUAUUACUACUACUAGCUCUGAGACCCAGCCCAGAACUAUUACUACUAGCUCUGAGACCCAGCCCAGAACUAUUACUACUACUAGCUCUGAGUUCCAGCCCAGAACUAUUACUACUAGCUCUGAGUUCCAGCCCAGAACUAUUACUACUAGCUCUGAGACUCAGCCCAGAACUUACUACUAGCUCUGAGACCCAGCCCAGAACUAUUACUACUACUAGCUCUGAGACCCAGCCCAGAACUAUUACUACUAGCUCUGAGACCCAGCCCAGAAUGUCUAAUAGCUCUGAGACCCAGCCCAGAACCACUACUAGCUCUGAGUCCCAGUCCAGAACCGCUACUAGCUCUGAGACCCAGCCCAGAACUGCUACUAGCUCUGAGAUCCAGCCCAAAACUACUACUAGCUUUGAGACCCAGUCCAGAACUACUUCUCAGACCCAACCCAGAACUUAUACUAGCUCUGAGACCCAGUCUAGAAAUACUACUAGCUCUGAGACCCAGCCCAGAACUGCUACUAGCUCUGAGACCCAGCCCAGAACUACUACUAGCUCCGAGACCCAGCCCAGAACUGCUACUAGCUCUGAGACCCAGCCCAGAACUGCUACUAGCUCUGAGACCCAGCCCAGAACUACUACUAGCUCAGAGACCCAGCCCAGAACAACUACUAGCUCAGAGACCCAGCCUCGAACUGCUACUAACUCAGAGACCCAGCCCAGAACUACCACUAGCUCAGAGACCCAGCCUCGAACUGCUACUAACUCAGAGACCCAGCCCAGAACUACCACUAGCUCAGAGACCCAGCCCAGAACUACCACUAGCUCAGAGACCCAGCCCAGAACUACUGCUAGCUCAGAGACCCAGUCCCGAACAACUACUAGUUCAGAGACCCAGCCCAGAACUACUGCUAGCUCAGAAACCCAGUCUAGAACAACUAUUAGUUCUGAGACCCAACCUAGAACUACUACUAGCUCUGAGACCCAGCCCAAAACUACCCCUAGGUUGGAGACCCAGCCUAGAACUACUGCUAGGUUAGAGACCCAGCCUAGAACUGCUACUAGCUCUGAGACCUAUCCCAGAAGUACUACUAGUUCUGAGACUCAACCCAGAGCUAUGACUGUCUCUAAAAUGCAGCCUAGGACUGUAGCUCUUCAGAAUUUAACAAAAGUAGCUACAGUUUCUGGUAUUCAAUCCAAAACUGUUGUACCUCUAAAACAGAUGAACACUUUCAUGGAACCAGAAUAUAUAAUUACAAAGCCUCCUGGAUACAUAAAUAUGGAAGAAAAUUUAUCCAGCCAAAUAAAUCAAGAGAGAACUUUUGUCAAUCCUGUAUCCAAACCAAAAAUUGAAAGUGACAUGACCCCUGAUGAAAAUUGUACAUCAGUUGCUCAACUUAUGUUGCCUUCCACUUCUUGUAAAUAUAAAGAUCCUUUAGCUCAGACUAAAAGCAUUACAAGUGACUGUAUAAUUCAUUCUGAACAUUAUCAGAACCCUGUUACUAGCUCAAUAGAAAAUACAUCAAAGGUUUCUGGUAACAUAGAGAAUAUAAAGGAAACAAGAAAAGAGGAAGAAAAAUUUAAGCAGUAUCAUGGAGAACAUGCUGCUGCAAAGAAGUUAGAAAGAAAUUUUCUGAAAACAGUUAUAGCUUAUGAACCAGAAGGAAAAGUAGAGCCAAAAGGGGUGAAAACAAUUAACAGAGAAAUAGCUGAGAACAUAACAUUUGAGGGAUUUGAAGAUUCAAAUAUUGAAGUUAAGGGCAGAGUUAAUCUCCAGAAACUGCAGACAUAUGUUGUGAAAACUGGUACGGAUGUGUUGAAUGAGUCCGAGAACUUUGUUAAUAUCCAGAGCUUACCAGGUGUAUCAGCAAGUGAUGAUCUCAACACCCAAGCUAGAUUUAAACAGUUGGAGUUUAAAUCAUGUCCUCUCUUGAGUCAGCCAAGUCUCCAAGGUGCAAAGGUCACUGAUCCAUGUAGUUCAAAAGCCCCUUCAGAGAAACAGGAUAGUAAAAAAUUGGAAUAUUCUAAGAGGGAAUCUGAAAUGGAAGAAAGUGAUCGUGAUGAAAGUCAGUUAAGUAAUUCAGCAGCACAAGAGCUUGAUCAUUUAAGCAAGCAGCAAGAAGAUAAUCCCACAGAAAAGAAUACAAUAAUCAGUGUAGUAACUAACAUAACCUCUAGUUUGGAUUCUAAAUAUGUACAGUGUAUGAGGACAGAUACUAGUUCUAGUUUAGAGAGGACAGAAACUGAAACCUCAAAAUUUAAAGAAACAGUGAAAUGCUAUGAUGUUAAAGCUUCAGAUUUGUUGAAAUCAAAAAAGAGAGAGCGAGAGAUUUUUGAGGGUGGCUUCUCUUGUUUAGUGCUAGAAAAUAUGGAAACAUUAAAGAAGUCAAAGAUGAUGAAAACUUCUGCAUCUCAGAAAACAUCAUUAGACAUUGAAACCUUUUUGACAGAUUUUGAAACAUCACAUGAUAAAGGGAUAGACAGAGAUGAAUUAAUGGUUGAGGAUCACACUAUAAUUCCUCAAAGAAGUGUAAACUCACCUUCCAGUGAAUCCAAAGCAUCAGGGGAAGAAAGUCUGCUACAGAAAGUCAGAGAAGAUUGGGCACAGCUUUCUGCAAAUCCACAAUGGAAAUGGUGUAAAAGAGAGAAGAAUAAAGAAUUGUGGAAGUUUGUGAUGGCAGCCAAGGCAAGAGUCAAUUCUAAGAAAGUGUCCCAAAGAAGAGACUCUAAUUCCAGUACACCAUCAGAAACACACAAAUGCAGUCUUAGUGGUAAUGUUGAUGAAGAUUCAAAAGAUCCCCAACUUGCUGGAACAUCAGGAGAUGUUGAUCAGCAAAUGUCUAGGGGAGAUUUUGCUGGUUUCACCACUGUACAAUAUAUGAAGGGAAAUAUGUGGAAAGAAGGUCAUCCACCCCAGAAGAAGGCCAAAAUUAGUGAUGAAUUAUGUGCCGACACUCUCACAGACAACACACAGGAAAAUUUUAUGGCCAGUGACUCGGAAUUAGGCACAGCUCAUAGCAAAAAUGAAGUCUCGUUGUUCAGGCAAUAUGAAAAAAAUCCUGCCUCAACAGAGUGGACAACAUUAUCACAUGAUUCAUCAUCCUCUAUACAAAGCAAAGCUUCAGAACUUAUUAUGUUGGAAGACCUUCCUAUUCCUGAUCAUCACAGCACAAUUGUAGUUGAUGAUGGGACUACAUUGGAUGAAGCUGCAGUAAUGCGAGAUCCUACAACAUUUGGUGAUCUGAGCUAUGAUUAUGACCUACACUGAUCAAUAUCUUCUUUCAUCGUGUGUAAUGUAGAGAUGAUUUCAGCAGCAGCUGCCCUCCUGAGCAUCGUUGUAUAAAGUGUCUCCGAAAAUUCAUGUCACUUGCAGCAUUGAUAUCCCAUGAUAAAUUCUGCUGUCUUCUGCAAAUGAGGCCUGACAUUCUUCCAGAG